AUGGAAUCGCGGAGGCAGCAGCGCGUCGCGCUCGGCCGUAGUCGCAGCGCUGUACGACAUCGCAACGAUCGGGGAGUCGCGCCGCCGCUGCCGACGACAUCGUCAAUUCGUCGCGAUUUUCGUGAACCCGCCAAACGCCUAGAGAUCACCUUGGCCGUUGUGGGGUCUGUCAAGGUUGGUUGAGUAAGGCAAAUCGGAAAAUUCAGUUGGUCUGUAUCCAUUUUGAUGAAGUUUAUCGCAAAAGGUUGCCCGAAUAAAAACUUCUUGCGCUCAAUUAUACAGAUUGCUAUCUUGAAAAGCUCGGUAAUCUCAGAAAAAAAAACCUUCUUCAGUUUCGUUUUGGUAUUUUUAAAAGUCUUUUCAGUUGCUUUCCAAUGUUCCACACAUUUCCCAUUCCGAAGCCAUUCUAAUUCCAUCUCUAAUUGAUUCUCGAAAACAGGAACAAGAAUUUUUCCAUUCUAUAAUUAUUCCAUCAUAGAACUAAAUUAACUCGCGUUAGUCGCUCCAAUUAGGAAUAACUAAGCCUUUGAGCUGUCGCAUGAUGAGGUGGUGUAAUUGAAAAAUAAGCCUUGAAAUAAAAAAAGAGUUUAUAGGUUGGAAAAUCAGCGAUGGUCUCACAAUUCCUAUGGCAAGGUUUCAUCGCCGAUUAUCGGCCGACGGUGGAGGAAUUCAAUUGGAUCGAGUACGAUUUGGAGCAGGGAAGGGCUCUUAUGCUCCAAGUGAGGCUUCUUCUAUGGAAAGUUCAGGAAAAAUUACUUUUUACAGUUUAGUCAGUCUGUAAAUCACUUACAAUUUGAGUUCGACAAUGUAUAGUUGAAUCCUAGAAAGGGGAAGGAAAAACUCGAUAAAUUAUGAAGAUGCAUUUUGGUCCUUGUUUAUAAAUACUACAAAAAGGUCUCAAACAUUUCUCAAUUUUUAACUAAAUUUCCAGAUUAUCGAUUCAAGCGGCUCACGAGACUUCCUUGCCAUGCGAAACUUGUACAUAAGGACAGCCGACGCGUUUUUGGUUUGUUCUUUCUAAAAUUGUCCUACUCGUUUCUUUACUUUCGUUAAGAAACGGUCAAAAAUAAAUUUUUGAGAAAGAAAAAUACACUAUUUUCAGGUAGUUUUCGCCGUUGACGACGCUCAAUCCUUCGAGGAAGCUCGAAAAAUCAUCGAGGACAUUUUGGAGCACCGGGGUCGCACUGUAAGUUCUUUUUACUCAAUGAGAUCACAGCUUUUCCUGACGUAAUUUCUUUCCACCUGCUUUCUUGAAGGUUAGAAGUAAAUGCGUUCGAAAUGUAAGAAUUACUUCCGCUUCUUGAAAUUUAUGAAAAGCGAGACCUCAAAAUUGAAAACUCAUGAGAACUUAGAAUUCACAGAGCGAAAAAUCUUAAUUUUUCUGAAUUUUUUUUUGAGGUUACUAUUUCCGACAAUUUGAUCUGUUUUGAGGUGCCGAUAGUACUGGUGGCCAACAAACGUGACGUCAUCGAGGACAAUCGAGAUUGGCGCGCCAAAGGAUCCUACGCGUUUGCGCGCGCCAACGCCAUUCCGAUGGUCGAGUGCUGCGCGAAACGGCAAGCUGAGGUCUGGAAACCUUCAAACAUAAAUCACAAUGGCUAGAAUCCGCGAAUAACCGAAAAUUUCAAAAAGUUUAAAAUUUAGUUUUUCGGUUGAUCUAGGCAAAAUAGGAGCUGCAGAAGAGAACUUCGAAAUCAGAUCAAAAAUAAAAGCUUCGUUAUAUUACUGGCUUUCAAAUUCUAUCAAUUAAUAUAUCAACGAAAAAUAAUUGAUGAAAGGCUAUGAAAUUGGAGUUUCUCAGUGAAUCAGUUUUUGCUGUAAGAAACUUUCAGUCUUUGCUCAUUUUUUUCCCUUCAAAAAAAAAGGACUUCGAGUUUUUACCUCACUCCAUACGACUUAAAAAAUUCUGCCGUGUCUGCGCUAUCUUUUCUCUCAACCUCGCUGCCAUAAAAAGAGAAAAUAGAACGUCAGACUGUUUCAAGCAGCUUAAAAGCUCCGCUUUUUAAAUCACACAAGAAAUGUCAUAACUUCAUUCCUUAAGGUUGCCACGGCGUUCCAGGAGCUUCUGGAGCGCCUUCGCGAACAACGCAACAUUAUGGUCGGCGAUUUGAAAAAGAGGCGGUUAGUUUCCAAAGUUGAGGUUUUGAACAUUUUCAAAACCCAGGCAAUCGAUGCCGAGCACACGGGCGUACAGCGGCAUCGACCUGGCCGACAUCGAAAAGCUCAAGGACAAGCAAAAGCCUUCGUGCAUCGUCUCAUGA